AAACCGAGCCGAUUUCUGGUUGACAUGGCGAAAUAAGAUUUUAUUCAAGUUUUAAUAGUGUUUUUUCAUUUUAUAAUUACUACGGUUGGACUUCAUCUUAGUUAAAUUUUAUAAAUUGUGUUGCUCAAAAGUUAAAUCAACUUUUAGGCGAACUCUUUUAGGUGGCGUCAAUCUCAUUUCCCGUCCGAUAUCCUGCAGUCGAUUCGGACAAAGGAGUCCUUCAUACCGUCCCUGUACCUUGCCGAAUGCCAGUUCUAAAUCAGUCUUAACCCCGUAACAUGCCCGCGGCAGUAGCCGAAGUGCAGUCUGACUAUUCCUGCAAUCCAUUCGAAAAUACUUAAUCUACUCCCGUUCAAAAAUGGGAAAGAGACUGCGGUUGAACCGCUUCAUCACGAAAUGGAUUAAGAGUGACCUACCCCAAGACUGUUCGUCGGUGCUGCUCCUUGGAGUUACUAGGAUACCCACGUCUCCAGUGCCAGCUCGCCGACCCUGCUCCCUUCCCCUUAACUCCACCAAUCUCCAUUUACCUGAAUCUCCUCAUUUGAGACGGAAUAGUGUCAGCAAAAGACGCACAUUGGUGCGUAAAAAAUCUUCGUUAAAGAAGAGGGAUCAAGAUGUCCCUCUGAGACAACCAUUGACCGCUAGAGUCAUAGACACCGGCCCGGACACGCCAUGUUCUUCGGGUUCUGCAACUCCUACCCCUGGUAGCACUGCUGCCACUCCUCCUGAACCCCGUAAUUCCGAUGAAAGAACACCUGAAGCUGUGAUGGAUAAGUCGGUGGACUCGAUUGGGUCUUGCUCAAUCGAUAUGGAGGCAUCAGUCGAUACAGCAGAGUGGUCGGAACGAUCAUCAACUGGAACUCUUUUAAGCGCCAGCCUUCUUUCGAGCACUCCAGAACCUCACUUGCCGUCAUAUUUAAGUCUAGCUUGUACAGUAAACGGAUACUCAACCAUAACAAACUACGAUCCAGUACGAUUAUCCAAAUCCAGAGAUGCUUCACCUCAGCGUCCAGACACAAAAAAUCUGACACAACCCUACACGGUAUUGAACAAUUUGCUGUCGCCCCCAAACCUUGUUCCCCUCCCUAGCAGAGCUAAAGUGACAGGUUCAAACAUGACCGAACAAGAGUUUUACAGCACGGCGACUACCAUCGAGUCGUACUGUAGCAAGGAAGCCAGAUUUUCCAGUAAAUUCAUCUCUAAAGACAGCGUUGACGCGUGUUAUGAAAAUACUCGUAAUUCUAUUAAUGAAAAGUAUAUUAGCUCAUUUGACAGUAAGGUUAUAAAGGAUGUGAUACAAAAACAAACAUACGAAUCUAAUUUAACUACAGAAACGACUAAAACUCAAGAAACCAAAUCCUUCAUUCAACAGAGGGUGGAAAGACUGUAUGGGCCUGGCGCCCUUGCUCAAGGAUUUUUCGUGAAAAAACGACAAAAGAGUAGACUCUCCGAAUCUGACGCUGAAAAAAAAGUAGAAGGUUCAAAUGAUCAUCAUUCUGUGUCUAUGUCUGAUAAACUGCUUCGGGAUACAACAGAUGACGCUUCCUGCAUGAAGCAAAGUACAAGUUCGCCUGUGCUACCGGUGUUGAGGCAUCUGAGACCAGAAUUCAGGGCCCAACUACCUAUUAUAAGUCACAGAAAGAUCAACGAGCCUGGAAUGCAAAAAAGCAAUACAGUUCCUGCCCUUAAAGAUGAAGUUAAAUCCAACGGCCAUUCCAAAGAAAACGGGAAAACCACAGAUAUUGAAGUUAUAGAAAUUCUCGAUGAUUCAAUUGAUGAGCGAGAAGAAGUGAAAGAUGGCCAUCAUUUCAUAAAAGUUCUCGAGAAAGAAGCUUCCAGGCUGUUACAAAUGGCGGAAGAAUGCGAAGCAGAGCUAGAGAAAAAUGAUAACCUAUCUGAAGAUGCCAUUGGGUAUAUCAGAUCGGCUUCAGGAAAGGCAAAACUUCUUGUUUCGCAGAAAAUGCAACAAUUCAAAGGCUUGUGCACUAAUAACAUCACUCAAAUUGAAGGAGAAGCAUUUCCAACAACAAAUGAAGAUCUUCAAGGAUUUUGGGACAUGGUGAUGCUUCAAGUGAACCAAGUAGAUGCAUUAUUUGAAGACAUAGCUAAACUCAAGCAGAACGAUUGGAAAGAGGUUGAACCAGUAAAACAAAACAGAUCUGUACUGAACGGUACAAAACCUAAAAAAAUCAUCAAUCGCCCUGUAAAGAGUAAAGUGAAUACUGAAGAAGCACAGAAGCAAAGAAUGGAGAGAGAAGCUGAAAGAAAACGACUGAUUGAUGAGAGAAGAAAGGCCAUGAGAGCUAAAUGCAACCAACAGCAACAAAACAUCGAAAUAUUUGUGGCUGAAUCUAGCUGAGACUUGCAAUAUAAGUAAAAUAGGUUAGAAAUCAAAAUGUUGACAAAUUAUUUGUACAUUCUAUUGAUAAUAUAACCCUGACGAAGCUGUUUACUAUUCUCUUAAAAUUCUGUUGAAGUUGAAUUUAAUGAAUUUUUCAUAAAACUCCUACAUUUUGAAAAAUGUUAUUAUGCAAUAAUGCUGUGAAGUAUUUUUAUGGCUCCAGUCCUGUAUUUAUUCUUGUCAAGACUGAGUUUUUUUAAUAUUUAAUUUUUGUCACCCUAUUACCAGCAAACCAAAUAAUGAUUGAAGUUUUGAAAUUAAUCAAAUUCCCAUUCCCAGUGAUGUUACCACUGGAUGGUUAAUCAAUAGCUUUCAUACUUUUAUAUUAAUCGUUAUACUAUAUUAAUUGAAACUUUAUGUUAAUAUGUAUUUUGUUGGAGAAUUUUUUAAAUAGGCACUUUUAUAUGAAUUUUGAAAAAUACUAUAAGCAAAACCAAAACUUUUAUUUAUUUUUGCAGCUAAUUUACGGAUAAAAAAGUUCAUGUAUCCCUAAAAUUUUAAUAAAGUAUUUUAUACAGAG